AUGUCGGCCGCCCGGCCUGCUUCUCCCCGGGAGGAAGGCGAGCUGGAGGACGGCGAGCUGAGCGAUGACAGCGUGAGACCCGAAAGCCCUCAUUAUGUCCGGCACCGGCCCAGCAGCCGAGGGCCACCGCUACACUACAGGCCCCGUCCUCAGAGACCCUCGCACGGCUACCGGCCGCCCCCCCGACUUCCACAGCCGCCGCCUUCCAGGCCCUCAUUCUGGGAGCGCAGCCAUGACACGCUGGGCCGCUUCCGUUCACGGGGGAGAGGCGGAAGGUUCUGGGACCGAGACUGGGGGGAGCGAGGUAGCAAGCCAGGAGGAGCCCGACCGGGAAGCUGGAGAGCCCCGUCCCCCCGGAAACUUAAAAGUGUUGUUAGAUCUCCACCUAGAAAAUCUAGUCAUUCAUCAAAAAAUGAAAACUGUGAAGAGGAGAGCUUUGAAGAUCUGCUUUUAAAAUAUAAGCAGAUAAAACUUGAACUUGAAUCCAUUAAUAAGGAUGAAAAACAAGCUCUCAAAGAACAGCAUAGUAAAGAACAGCAUAGUAAAGAACAGCAUAGUAAAGAACAGCAUAGUAAAGAACAGCAUAGUAAAGAACAGCAUAGUAAAGAACAAGAAACCCCUGUGAAGGAAGAAUGUCCUACGGGUGAUGCGGUGAAUCUGGAGCCAUCUGUGGAGGAGAAACCACCAGUGAAGACUUUCCAGUCCUUUGAGCUUAAACCUCUUAGACAAAAAUUAAAACCUAUUACUGACAAGAAGAAACAAAGUAUUGAGGAAGAAUCCAGCUCGGUUGUAAUUACCAGUGACCCUGAAACUCCUGAACCAGAACUUGAUAAAAUUGAUCAGACAGUGACCCCUGAGAGCAGCACUACAGAUACCAAAAAUGAGAACCCUGUCAGAGAGGAAGAGGAAUUGUCGGAGCUUCAUUUGCGUCUUUUGGCUUUGCAGUCUGCAAGUAAAAAAUGGCAGCAAAAGGAACAAUUGGUAAUGAAAGAGGGGAAGGAAAAACUAUCAAAGGGUAAGAUAGAGCCUCAGAAAGAGAAGAUUCAAACAGAGUCCCAAAAAGAGAAGGUCAGGACUGAGCACCAGAAAGAAAAGGCCAAAGCAGAGCCUCAGGUUGAGAAGGGAAGCUCAAAUUCCAUUACAUCACGUAAAGUCAACAGUGCUGCUUAUGCAGCAAAACAGGCGCUCAGAAGACAACAAACAAAAGCAUGGAAAAAGUUGCAACAACAGAAAGCUGAGGAAAAGCGCAGAGAGGAAGAGGAGAAAAAGAAACAGGAAGAAGAAGAAAAAAGAAAAAGAGAAGAAGAAAUAAGAAAAAUUCGAGACCUUUCCAACCAGGAGGAACAGUAUAAUAGGUUCAUGAAGCUUGUAGGAGACAAGACUAAACGGUGCAAGUCUUUCGAUGCAGAUCAGAAACGAUCUGACAAGCUGGAGAGCUCUGGAUGUGUUUACCAGUAUGACAACUAUGAAGAGGUUGCAAUGGACACAGACAGUGAGACAAACUCUCCAGGUACCUCACCAACAAGACUACAUUAUUCUGCUUGUAGCUCCAUGGGACAUUUACCCUCCGCAUUGUGUGUUACAGAUCAAUAUCCUUCAGAUAUAUGGCCACAUCUCAGUGAUGUCUCUUUAUAUGGCUCUGUAAUCUCUGGAGCUUCUUCUGAAAUAUUGGUCCCGCCUCCACCACUUCCACCAGAAGAGCCAGAGCAGCCUCCUAAGCCCCCUUUUGCAGAUGAAGAGGAAGAGGAGGAAAUGCUGCUUCGUGAAGAACUUUUAAAAUCUUUGGCUAACAAAAGGGCUGUAAGACCAGAGAAGCCGAGUAAUAACAAUCAACCUCUAUCACCUCCUAUUAUUAAUAUUAUGCCUGUGCCAAGGAUCAUGUUAACUGCAGCCAGUGUGAACUCUUCCUCUCAUCGGAAGAAUAAUAUUCCGAUUACCAGAGUCUUGAGACCUAUAAGACGUGUAAUAAAGCUUCCAAAGCACAAGUCAGUAGUCGUAACACUGAAUGCUUCUGACUCUGAUGAGUCAGACCCAGAGCCACCUAGUCCAGGCCUUGGUGUAUUUGGAGGGUUGGAAUCUAUGAUCAAAGAAGCCAGAAGAACUGCAGAGGCAUCAAAACCAAAAGCACCUUCAAAAUCUGAAAAAGAAAAUGAUCCUUUGAGGACUCCGGAAACCUUACCAGAAGAUAAGAAGAUUGAAUACAGACUUCUGAGGGAAGAGAUUUCUAGUCGUGAAAAGCAGAAACCCUUAAAAGUGGACCAGAUAGGAACAAAUCUGUCUCCAGCGAACUCUGAUAUAGAAGUAGAUGGCAGCCGUAAACCUGUAAAGGAUCUAAAAGUAGCAGAAGCUGAAUCGAGGCAUACAAAGCAAAAAAUGCUCUUGAUCAAGGAUGAGUCUGUCCUGAAAAAUCUUUUGCAGCAGGAGGAGAAGAAAAAGGAAUCGAUCAAAAAUGCAGAGCUAAAAAUGACCAAACUCACCGAACAACUGAAAGCAACCGAAACAUUUCUGAAUGCCAGCAGGGUCUUCCUCAAAAACUUACAGGAACAGAUUACCAAAGUACAGCUCAGAGUUCUUGAUACAAGGAGUCUUGCUUUAAAAUCUGGGGAAGAACUUGCCCGGGCUAAAGCAGUGGUUAGUCAAGAGUUGGGGAAAAGAAAGCUGGAGCCAAGCACUGUUGGAGCUAAUAAGAUGUUUAAACCAAAUCCGGGAUCAGACAGCCCCAGAAAGCAGUCGGCAGAGGCUAUUGCACUCGAGAAGAAGCGACUGCAAGAAUUAGAAAAAGAAUAUGCUCUCAAAAUUCAAAAACUUAAAGAAAUGCAAGCUAGAAAAAUUAAAGAACAGACUGUCCACUAUCCACCUGUGAUUGAAGAGCAACCAGAGUUUGUACUACCACAACCAUCUCUCCAUGACCUCUCCCAGGACAAAAUAACCCUUGACGCAGAGGAAAAUGAAGCAGAAGAUGAGGAUUUAUCUACUUCUGUUAAAGAAAGACGGAGAUCAUUCCGUGAUGUAAACUCCUUUACCAAACCUAAUUUGAAGCACACUGAGCUUACACCUUAUAGGGACAGCAAUGCUAAGCCUUCUAAGACUUCUACAGAGGGGCCAGAACUGUUUAUGGGUUUAAAUAUUGAUGAACUUAGAAGUCUUUGGUCCUCCAGCUCUGACUUGUUAGCAGAGCUUCUUUCAAGGGGAGACUCAUUACUAGUACCACAGGACAAACUGUCUUCAGGAAAAGUGACACCAGUGGAUAUGGAUUUGAUUGCUACACAGACAAAACAGACAGAUCUAAAACCUUUCCCUUUUGGGACAUAUCAGAGCCCACUUCUUGUUUUCAAGUCCUAUAGGUUCAGUCCAUAUUUUCGCACAAAGGAGAAGUUGCUCCUGAGCUCUGUAUCUUAUAGCAACAUGAUUGAACCUAAGACAUUUUUCUGUCGCUUUGACCUUCAGGGCACAUGCAAUGAUGACGACUGUCAGUGGCAGCACAUGCGUGACUGCACGCUCAGUCGUAAACAGCUAUUUCAAGAUAUUCUGUCUUAUGACUUGGACUUGAUUGGAUGCUCUGAAAAAAGUACUGAUGAGGAAAUUAUAGCUGCAACUGAAAAAUACGUUGACAGACUUUUUGGUGUGAACCGAGAUCGCAUGUCAAUGGAUCUGAUGUCAGUUCUUCUUGUGAGUCAUGUAAAUGAAAGCCUAAAUCACGUUCCACCACACACUACAUAUAAAGAGAAGAGAAAAUGGAAGCCCAUGUACUGGAAAAAAACCUCUUUCAGAUAGUAGCAGCAGUGAUGAAGAGGAGACUACAAAAGCAGUUAGCUGUGUUCCAGCAAGUCCCUCAGAGCUCAAAACAAAGGUUCCUAUUCAUGAUGGUGUUGUCACUACAGAUGAUGUCAGGUAUUUUACAAGUGACACUGAUGACAUUUCUAACCUGGAGGCAAGCGUGCUUGAUAACCCCCAAGAUAUACAGCUAUGGAUCAAAUUGGCAUACAGGUGCUUGAAUCAAAAUGAGGGAACUUCCUCAGAACGUUUGGAUUCAUCGUUGAAUGUAUUAUCUCGAGCAUUAGAACAUAACAGAAAUAAUCAAGAGAUCUGGGUCCACUACCUUAAAUUAUUUUCUAAAAGGGGCACUGCAGAAGAAAUUCAGGAGAUGUGUGAGACCGCAGUGGAAUAUGCCCCUUCCUUUCAGAUUUGGUGGAGUUUUCUGACUUUGGAGAAUUCCUUUGAUGGGAAGGAUCAGGUGUGCAGCCGUGCAUUACAGUACCUUAUGCAGCAAAUACAGGAUCCUCAGAAAUCUGCACUGCUUUCAUUGCAGUGUUUAGAAAUUCUGCUGUACCGUGCUCAUCUAAACCUGUUUACAGGAAGAAUCCAAAACGCCCAUGCCAUUUUACAGAAUGCUUUAAAGUCUCCUUGUGAGAAGAGUAUAGCAGAUCACCUUACUCCCCAGGACCGCUGCUUAGCAUGGCUUUCUUACAUUCACCUCAUGGAGUACAAUACUCUACCUGCUAAUUUCUAUGACGCAACAGUUGCAAACCCUUCCAGGAUAGUUAACAAGGAGCCAUUUAUAAUGCACUGGCUGAAUUUCCAAAGUGUAAAGACUGAUCCUACCAUGCUGCUUGCUCUAUUUUGAAGCUGCUGUCUUUUCAUGUUCUGAUGAAAAUUUAAAUGCCGAGGAAAGAAUAGAAGUUUGCCUACCACUUUAUAAAAAUAUGAUCCUCAUCAAUCUUAUGUUAAAUAGGCCUUCUGCAGCAGUGGACAUUUGUAAACAGCUGCUUGAUGGUUGGAGUGAUAAUUGUGACAUACUAGAGACUUUAUGUUCUGUAUAUCUUAAAAUUGAACAACCAGUUGAUGGCAUGGAAGUAUGGAUGACUGCAUUCAGAAAUAAUCCUGGAAACACGCAAAUAUUAUAUAAUGUCUGCAGAUUUUUAGUACAACAGGGAUGUCUUGAUAAUAUACCAAUGUUAAUGAAAGAAUUCAUUGAGUUGUUCUUUGAAAACAUCGAUGAUCAGUGCAGUCCAGUAGAUCUUCUGAGGCAUCUACUGAAUCUCUCUUUACCAUUGGAUUUCAAAGUGCCUGUAUGCAAAGUCGAAGGCUGUUUUAGUGCUUCAGAUUUGCAAACAUCUUAUCUCUGGCUUGUUUUCUGCCUAUGGCAGUCUGUUUACGCUAGCACAGCUGAGGCAGUCGAUGCAUAUGAAUCUGCACUGGGGACUGUGAUGCAACCGAAUAUGCUGCAGAAGCUUUGGAUGGAUUAUCAUGUCUUUACGAACAGCAAACUUGUGGGAUCCAGAAAUAAAGUCCAAGAUAGUAAGCAUUUUACAGAUUUAGUAAACAGAUGUCUAAUGACUGUUCCUACCCGGCACCCAACUCCUUUUAGCACAGCUGAUUAUUGGACCAACUAUGAGUUUCACAAUUCAGUUAUUUAUUUCUAUAUGAGCUGUGUUCCCAAGUCACAGCAUUCUAAGAUUUUAGAGCGCUUUUCCUCCAUGAUGCCUGCAAAUCUUGGACUUGCACUCAGGGUACUUAAGCAAGAAUUGGAAGACAACAAUAUGCAAACUGUGAAAAUGCAGUCGAAGAUGUUUUUACAUAUAACUUCCCAAUGUGCCUGCCCAUCUGGAAAAUAGCCAUUGCAGCAGAAACUUUCCUAAAAGGACAGAAGGAGGUCCAUCGUUUGUAUGAAAGAGCACUUCAGAAGUUGCCUCUGUGUGCUGAUCUCUGGAAAGAUCAACUCUUGUUUGAAGCAUCAGAAGGAGGUAAAACUGAUAACCUGAGAAAACUAGUUUCCAAGUGCCAAGAGGUUGGAGUCAGCCUAGAUGAGCUCUUAAAUUUAAAAACAGAAAGCAAGAAUCACUGA